AUGCAGAAGGGGAUGCGGCUGAACGACGGGCACGCCGUCUACCUGGGGCUGCUGGCCAAGAAGGACGGCGCCCGGCGCGGCUACCUGAGCAAGCGGAGCUCGGACAACACCAAAUGGCACCCCAAGUGGUUCGCCCUGCUGCAGAACAUGCUCUUCUACUUCGAGAGCGACUCCAGCUCCAGGCCGGCCGGCCUCUACCUGCUCGAGGGCUGCGUGUGCGACCGGGCGCCCUCGCCCAAGCCCAAGGACCCCCUCGAGAAGCAGCACUAUUUUACUGUCAACUUUAACCAUGAGAACCAGAAAAGCCUGGAGCUGAGGACAGAAGAUUCCAAGGACUGCGAUGAGUGGGUGGCAGCCAUCAGCCAUGCAAGUUAUAGGACUCUUGCUACAGAGCAUGAAGCGUUAAUGCAGAAGUACCUCCAUUUACUUCAGAUUGUGGAAACCGAGAAAACGGUUGCCAAGCAACUUAGGCAGCAAAUUGAAGAUGGAGAAAUAGAGACGGAGCGUCUGAAAUCUGAGAUCGCUGCUUUGCUGAAAGAGAAUGAGCGCAUCCAGUCCAACCAGACAAAUGUCCCCAGCGACGAUGACAGUGACAUCAAGAAGAUCAAAAAGGUCCAGAGCUUUUUGCGUGGCUGGCUGUGUAGGAGGAAAUGGAAGACCAUCAUCCAGGACUACAUCCGCUCCCCCCACGCAGACAGCAUGCGGAAGAGGAACCAAGUGGUCUUCAGUAUGCUGGAAGCUGAGGCGGAGUACGUGCAGCAGCUCCACAUCCUGGUGAACAAUUUCCUGCGCCCGCUGAGGAUGGCGGCAAGCUCCAAAAAGCCACCCAUCACCCACGAUGACGUCAGCAGCAUCUUUCUGAACAGCGAAACGAUUAUGUUUCUGCACCAGAUCUUUUACCAGGGCUUGAAAGCACGCAUCUCUAGCUGGCCCACCUUGGUGCUGGCUGAUCUGUUCGAUAUCCUGCUGCCGAUGCUCAACAUCUACCAGGAGUUUGUCCGGAACCACCAGUACAGCUUGCAGAUUCUGGCGCACUGCAAACAAAACCGGGAUUUUGACAAGCUACUGAAGCACUACGAGGCAAAGCCAGACUGCGAGGAGAGGACGCUGGAAACCUUUUUGACAUACCCCAUGUUCCAGAUCCCCAGGUACAUCUUGACACUUCAUGAGCUCUUGGCACACACGCCCCAUGAACACGUGGAGAGGAACAGCCUGGAUUAUGCAAAGUCCAAGUUGGAAGAGCUUUCCAGAAUAAUGCAUGAUGAAGUGAGCGAGACAGAAAACAUCCGGAAGAACUUGGCUAUUGAACGGAUGAUUAUAGAAGGAUGCGAAAUCCUCUUGGACACCAGUCAGACAUUUGUAAGACAAGGCUCCCUCAUUCAAGUGCCCAUGUCUGAGAAGGGGAAGAUCACCCGGGGACGCUUGGGCUCCCUCUCCCUGAGGAAGGAGGGCGAGAGGCAGUGCUUCCUGUUUUCCAAGCACUUGAUCAUCUGCACUAGAGGCUCUGGGGGGAAGCUACACUUAACAAAGAAUGGUGGCGUCAUCUCCCUCAUAGACUGCACUCUGGUGGAAGACAUGGAGAACGCGGAGGAGGAGACAAAAGGGCAAGACAUGGACCAUCUUGAUUUCAAGAUCAUGGUGGAACCCAAGGACAGCCCAUCAUACACCGUCAUCCUUGUGGCAUCUUCCCGGCAAGAAAAGGCUGCGUGGACCAGCGACAUCAGCCAGUGUGUGGAUAACAUUCGGUGCAAUGGCCUCAUGAUGAACGCGUUUGAAGAAAAUUCAAAAGUCACCGUUCCCCAGAUGAUCAAAUUAGCUGCCAAGGGCAUCAUAUCCCGUCUGUGCUGUCUCCCCAGGUCUGACACCAGCUUGUACUGCGAUGACGUCGACAUCCGAUUCAGCAAAACGAUGAACUCUUGCAAAGUCCUCCAGAUCCGCUAUGCCAGUGUGGAGCGGCUUCUGGAGAGGCUGACUGACUUGAGGUUCCUCAGCAUAGACUUCCUCAACACCUUCCUGCACUCUUACCGGGUCUUCACCUCUGCUAUGAUUGUCUUGGACAAGCUGAUCACCAUCUACAAGAAGCCAAUCAGUGCCAUUCCGGCAAGAUCACUGGAGCUGUUGUUCGCAAGCAGUCAGAACACCAAGCUCCUCUAUGGGGAGCCUCCCAAGUCUCCGCGUGCCAACCGCAAGUUCUCCUCUCCACCCCCUCUUUCCAUCACCAAGUCCUCUUCUCCCAGCCGAAGGAGGAAGCUGUCCCUGAACAUUCCCAUCAUCACUGGGGGGAAGGCCUUGGACUUGGCUGCCCUCAGCUGCUCCUCCAAUGGCUAUGCAAGCAUGUACUCCUCCAUGUCCCCCUUCAGCAAAACCACCCUGGACAUUAACAAGCUCUAUGUGUCCGGCAAUUAUUCCAACAAGCUGCCGGAUGAAGGGGAAGGGCCUGCCGAGAAGCCCGAAGAAGCGCUUCAGAACAAGCCCGGCGCCGAGGCGUCUGUCCGAGAGGAGUCUGACACUGAUCAGAACCAGAGCGACGAAGCCGAAACGGAGACUUCGCCAACCAAAUCACCGACGACUCCUAAAUUGGUCAGAGGCAAAAACAGCUCAGAAUUCCCUUUGUUCUCAUAUAACAAUGGAGUUGUUAUGACCUCUUGCCGAGAACUGGACAACAGCCGCAGCGGCCUCUCAGCUGCUUCUGCUUUUGCGAUUGCAACAGCUGGGGCCAAUGAGGGCACUCCAACCAAAGAGAAGUACAGGCGAAUGUCGCUAGCAAGCACAGGCUUUCCUCCUGACCAGAGGAACGGUGACAAAGAGUUUGUGAUUCGCAGGGCCGCCACCAACAGGGUGUUGAACGUCCUCCGCCAUUGGGUCUCCAAGCACUCCCAGGAUUUUGAAACUAAUGAAGAGCUGAAAUGUAAAGUGAUCAGCUUUCUGGAAGAAGUGAUCCAUGACCCAGAACUCCUGACUCAAGAGAGGAAAGCUGCUGCAAACAUCAUAAGGACUUUGACUCAAGAGGACCCUGGAGACAAUCAGAUAACGCUGGAAGAGAUUGUGCAAUUGGCAGAGGGAGUCCAGGCAGAACCUUUCGAAAAUCACUCCGCUCUGGAAAUAGCUGAACAGCUCACCUUGCUGGAUCACUUGGUCUUCAAGAAGAUCCCCUACGAAGAGUUUUUUGGGCAAGGGUGGAUGAAGGUUGAAAAGAAUGAGCGGACUCCAUACAUCAUGAAGAACAGCAAGCACUUCAAUGACAUCAGCAACCUGAUCGUCUCUGAAAUCCUGCGCAAUGAAGAUGUCACCGCGAGGGUGAGCACCCUGGAGAAAUGGGUGGCCGUGGCUGACAUCUGUCGCUGCCUACACAACUACAACGCCGUUCUCGAGAUCACGGCCGCUUUCAACCGCAGCGCCAUCUUCCGCUUGAAGAAGACUUGGAUGAAAGUCUCCAAGCAGACCAAAGCUUUGAUUGACAAGCUGCAGCGACUGGUGUCUUCAGAAGGUCGGUUUAAGAAUCUGAGGGAAGCCCUAAAAAAUUGUGACCCACCCUGCGUCCCUUAUCUUGGCAUGUAUCUCACCGACUUGGCAUUCAUCGAGGAAGGCACACCUAAUUACACCGAGGAUGGCCUGGUGAACUUCUCCAAAAUGAGGAUGAUUUCCCACAUCAUUCGGGAGAUCAGACAGUUUCAGCAAACCGCGUACAAAAUAGAGCAUCAGGCAAAGGUCACCCAGUACCUCCUAGACCAAACCUUUGUGAUGGAUGAGGAGAGUCUUUACGAGGCGUCUCUCCAGAUAGAGCCCAAGCUGCCUACCUGA